AUGGGUGACCCUUAUGCAUCAAGUGAUUAUAAUAGUGGGGGAUAUUCCUCUCAUUAUUCUGUGCCACCACCUACCGCAUCUUCAGGGGAAAACAAUUACAGCGGUGGUCAACAAGGGCAAGGAGGUUAUGGUAGUGGGAAUAGUUAUUCUGGACAAAGUUCAGGACAAGAUUGGAAUCAGCCGAGUUCAGGUGGUGGUAAUAGUUAUGGGAGCAGUGGUCAGUCAGGCAAUGGAUAUGGUCAAAACUACAAUUCAAGCUAUGGAAGUGGAAGCUAUGAUCGUAACAGUGGUGGUAGUAGUAGCAACUACAAUGUAAGCAGUGGAGGUGACCGCGGUGGAAGCAACUACAGCAACAGUGACCGCGGUGGUUCCAAUUAUGGAGGAAGUGACAGAGGUGGAAGUGGUUACUCUGGUGGUGAUCGGGGAGGAUAUGGAGGGGGUGACCGAUCCAGCUACAAUAGAGAUGGGGGAAAUAGAGACAGUGGAUAUGGUGGCGGCGGCAGGGGGGGUGGUUAUAAUAAAGGAGGCGGCGGCGGCGGCGGUGGCGGUGGCUAUGGUGGUGGAGAUCGGGGUGGAAGUGACAUGAUCACUCAAGAAGAUACAGUUUUUAUUCAAGGCAUGAACCCAUCUACCACUGAAGAUGAAUUAUGCCAACAUUUUGGAGCCAUUGGUAUUAUUAAGACUGAUAAAAAAACGCAGAGACCUAAAGUUUGGAUGUAUAAGGACAAAGCUACCGGACAGCCUAAAGGGGAAGCCACAGUCACCUACGAAGAUAGCAACGCUGCCUCAUCUGCUAUUCAGUGGUUUGAUGGAAAAGAAUUUAACGGAGUGACAAUUAAAGUGUCUUUAGCUCAAAGACAGAAUACAUGGGGCGGAGGCAAAGGAGGAGGCGGUGGUGGAUUCCGCGGUGGCCGCGGUGGUGGAGGUGGCGGCGGCGGUGGUGGACGUAGUGGUGGCGGAGGAGGUCGAGGUGGCGGCGGCGGCGGCGGUGGUGGCCCGCCGUCCGGUAACCGCGAGGGAGACUGGCGGUGUCCGAAUCCUAGCUGCGGAAAUACAAACUUCUCGUGGAGGAAAUCAUGUAACAGAUGUAACGAAGAGAAACCCGGCGGAGGUGGUGGCGCGCCGUCCGGCGGAGAGCGCGGGGGAGGGCCGGGCCGCGGAGGGCGCGGGGGUGGCGGCGGUCGCGGUGGCGGCGGCGGCGGCGGUGGCUGGGCCGGGCGCGGCGACCGCGGUGGAGACCGCGGGGACAGGCGCUACGGCGGCGGCGGAGACCGCAGCGGCGGAGCCGGCGGAGGCGCCAUGAGAGGAGAUGGAGGGGGCCGAGACAGGCAGAGACCAUAUUAA